GACUAACGAGCAAAACAGCGAAAACCCCAAGCGCCACCGCUUCACUCCCCGUCGGCGACCAGCCGACUUUCCCCAAUGCCGGCGCCGCCCGCCGCUUCCUGGCGCCGGCACGCUGCUGCCGCCGCCGCCUCCUCCUCCACGCGCAAAACCCUCCUCCUCCUCCUCCCCGUCUUCCUCCUCCUCCUCCUCUUCGUCCUCUCCAGGGCUCCUGAUCUCACCCUCUCCCCCGCGGCCGCCUCCUCCCGCCACCUCUCCGCCGGGGUUCGCCCGUUCGAUUGCUACGCGUCGCAGCAGGCCUCGCCGGUCUUCGCCAGCCUGGUGGAGGGCGUGCCCCACCCCUUCUUCUACUCCCUCGCCGACAUGGGGGCUCUUCCCGACCACCCCCACAAGAACAUCGCUCGCAUCCUCAAGGGCAAGCGCUUCCGCAAGCCCGACAUCUCCGAGACAAUCCAGCAGCUGCUCGGGGGGAAGGUGGGGAUCGGAUCCCGUGGUGUGGUGGUCGACGUGGGUGCCAAUGUUGGGAUGGCGUCGUUCGCCGCGGCCGUGAUGGGGUUCCGGGUGGUGGCCUUCGAGCCCGUCUUGGAGAAUCUGCAGAGGAUUUGCGAUGGGGUGUAUCUCAACAGGGUGCAGGACCAGGUUGUGGUGUACCAUGCCGCGGCUUCUGAUCGAGUUGGGAACAUCACAAUGCAUAAGGUGAUUGGACGACUCGACAACAGUGCUAUAUCUGCAACCGGUGCAAAAUUGGCUUUUAAAGCAAAUGAAGAAAUUGCUGUUGAGGUUGCUACAAUACCACUGGAUGAAGUCAUUCUAGAUGCAGAGCGAGUGGUUUUGAUCAAAAUUGAUGUUCAGGGGUGGGAAUACCAUGUUCUGAGAGGUGCAUCAAAGUUGCUUUCAAGGAGGAAAGGUGAUGCUCCCUACCUUAUAUAUGAAGAAGAUGAACGCCUACUGCAGGCAAGCAACAGUAGUGCACGAGAGAUAAGGGCAUUUCUUAGUAGUGUUGGUUACAAUCACUGUACACGUCAUGGCACAGAUGCUCACUGCACGAAAAACUAGGCAUGUGCUUUUUAUUCAUGUAAGUUGAUGAUCAUCUAUGAACAGAGAAACAUUCAUAUAUGAUGUGCUGAUCUGUAGAAAAGCAUUUUCCCUCUCAGGCAGCACUUUCAUGAAUAAAAAUAGUUAGUCAACUUUUAAUUCA